AUGGCCGCUGUCGCUGCAGCUUCGAACGCACCCACCAGCCCGUCCAAGUCCAAGGACAAUGGCAAUGUCAUCAAGCGACUGCAAGGCGAGCUCAUGACACUGAUGACAUCGCCCACGCCCGGUGUCAGCGCCUUUCCGCAUAACGGCGACCUCACUGUCUGGGACGGCACCAUCGUCGGUCCCGCCGACACUCCCUAUUCCGGUCUCACGCUCAAGCUCCGCUUCAACUUCCCUGCGCGCUACCCAUAUGUGCCUCCGGAGGUCCGCUUCACCACUCCCAUCUACCACCCCAAUGUCGACAUGAAGGGUCGUAUUUGUCUGGACAUCCUCAAAGACAAGUGGAGCGCUGUCCUAAACGUCGGUUCUGUGCUCCUAUCCCUGCAGAGCUUGCUCGGCGAGCCCAACAAGUACGUCUACUUCACGUUCAAGACUCGAACACCCGCUGACUCCUCUUACAGCUCCUCGCCUCUCAACGGUCAAGCUGCCGAGCUCUGGGAUACCAACAUGGAAGAGUUCAAGCGCAACGUCCUUGCCCGUCACCAGGACCUUACCGAUGAAGAGAUGGAGUAG